GAAUGAGUCGGCAGCAGAGUCUAGGACGGACCGGAAGUUAGACCGGAAGCAGGAAGACAGUAAUGUAGCUAGCUGGUAGCUAACCAUGCAUAUAUUAUUAAUUGUACCGGUACAAAAAAUUAUAUAUUUUCUAACUGUAACGUUAGUAACAAGCUAGUGUCCCAAAGAGCCUUCUGCUGUUUUGCGGUAAUGCGGAUUGACAGAAGAAUCUAACCCGGAAGCUGGCCAGGAAGAAAGAAGAUGCUUAUGUUGAUAGCUAGCUUAGUUUGGUAGUGUGUAAAAUGUGUCUGAUAUCGUUUGAUGUCGUUUAAAUUAGACUUUGAUAUUGCCCAACCUGGACUAUAUACGCGGAGCUAUCGAUGUUUUUAACGACCAUUUCAUACAGUUGUUAUCGGUUCUAGGAAAGUAAAUUCUCGCUACCGUUGGCCUAGCUAGAUAGCUAACUGAGUUGUCGAAUAGUUUUGUAUGGAAAGGAAUCCGCUAGUUAAUGUGGCCUCGUGGUGAACUGUCGGGGAUUUGAGAAGAAUCUGUUUUAGUUUAAUUCAGUGACCCAAAACGAUCAUAGGAAACUAUUUCUGAAGAAUUCACGAUGAAUGAGGAUUCUGCUGACCCAUCCAACCCCCUUCUCUCCUACUCCACUGAACCCAACCCUCCAGAGUCACUGGUUCCUGACUCUAACCAUAGUGAAAUACCCAGAUUUAACAUUGUAGUCAAGGAGGAGGAAGACUGGGACAUGGAUAAUACUGCUGAAAGAGGAGAGUGUUCUAACUCCAGCUCUAGUGAUGGGGCCUCAGCAGAACCUGAACAGCACCAGGAGAAUCCUAGAGCUAAGAAGCUUUGGCGCUGCCCCAGAAUGUGGAAAAGAGAUCGCUCACCCAUCUAAUUUCAACAGACACCUGAGAACACACACAAACCUUGCUAAGGAGUCUUCCGUCUGUCCAGUAUGUGGAAAAGACUUUGUUCACCCCUCCAAACUGAAGAGACACCUCCAAACACAUACAGGAGAGAAGCCUUACCAGUGCUCUGUGUGCGGGAAGCGAUUCACACUGAAGCCCCACCUGGAAAGACAUCAGAUGACCCACCCUGGAGAGAAGCAGCCAGACGCGACAAAGAAGCACCCGUGCUCCGAUUGUGGAAAGGAAUGUUUCUCUGCAUAUGAGCUGAAGAUGCACAUGAGAAGGCACACAGGGGAGAGACCUCACCAGUGCUCCUACUGCGAGAUGAGCUUUGGCUGUAAGGGAACUCUAUCGAGACACGUACGACGCCAUACAGGAGCACCCACACCAAAACCUUACCAAUGCUCACAGUGUGGGAAGAGAUACGAGUCACCAUCGAGGCUCAGGCAGCAUCAGACUAUGCACACUGGAGAGACACCUUACGAGUGCUCUGAUUGCGGGAGGGGUUUUGCUUCGACCGAAGGUCUUCGCAAACAUCAAUGCAGCCAUGCCAGUAACCAUAGCAACCAGUGUACACUGGGAAUUCCAGAUACGGCGUCAUCAGACAGUCAAACUAUGAAUAUCAAGAUCAAAGACGAGGAACAGGAGCUGGCAAUUAAUGUCAAAGAGGAGGAGGAAAUUGGUGUUUUUGUCAACACUGAUAGAGAGAAACCGUACCAGUGUACCACCUGUAAAAAUGCCUUUGUUCACCCUAGCUCUCUAGCAAGACACAAACAAUCCCACACUAGUGUCGCACAAUACAGCUGCUUAGAAUGUGGGAAGGAAUUCAGCCAAUCGCAGACUUUUAAGAUACACAUGCAACAGCACACCGGAGAGAAACUGCACCACUGCUGUCAGUGUGAUAAGAGUUUCUCAGCUUCGGCCCUUCUCAGAAGACACCAGAUAGUUCACACUAGGGUGAAACCUUACCCCUGCUAUCUCUGCAGAAAGAAAUUCUCCUCAUCAGCAAAUCAAUCCUGUCUCCAUGCCGGAGAAGGAACUGUGGCUAGCCUGAGCCGAGCUCCUGGACAGGGAUCACAGCAGCAGGUGUCUGCAGCUGAGGAGGAGUCUGUAGUACUGGAUGUCAAAGUGAAAGAGGAGGAAGAUCCUGCUUUUGCAGAGAGACACGACCACUGCUCUGAGAGCGAAGAGAGUCCCUCUACAUCAGGACUACCUGAACAACACCAGGGGAAUCACACAGCUAAGAAGAUUCACUGUUGUUCAAUGUGUGGAAAAAACUGUCAGAAGUUAUCAAAACUACAAAUACAUAUGAGAACUCACACAGGAGAAAAACCUUACUCCUGCUCUGUCUGUGGGAAGCAAUUCAGUGAGAAAGGAAACCUGAAAAAACACCAGACAGUGCACACAGGAGAGAAGCUGUACAGUUGCUCCGUGUGCAGGGAGAGUUUCUCUUCAUCGUCAAUUCUUACCAAACACCAGAGAACACACACAGGAGAGAGUCAUGGUCUGACACCAGCACUGGUUAUUAAAGUGAAAGAGGAGGAAGAGGAUCCUGCUUUUGAGAGACAUGACCACUGCUCUGACGGUGAAGGGAGUCCCUCUACAUCAGGACUACCUGAACAACACCAGGGGAAUCACACAGCUAAGAAAAUUCACUGCUGUUCAGUGUGCGGACAAGACUGCAAAAAGUUAUCAAAACUGAUAAUACAUAUGAGAAUACACACAGGAGAAAAGCCUUACCCUUGCUCUGUGUGUGGAAAGCAGUUCCGUGUAAAAAGACAUCUUCAAGACCACCAGAAAGUGCACACUGGAGAGAAACCUUAUGUCUGCUCCAAAUGUGACAAGAGUUUUGGUUUUGCUUCAGCCUUGAAAAGGCACCAGUGGUUACACACAGAAGAGAAACCUUACUCCUGCUCUGUGUGUGGGAAGGGUUUUAGCUUACAAUCACGCAUGAAGGAACACUUCCUGAUGCACUCAGGAGAGAAACCCCACUCCUGCUCUGUCUGUGGAAAGAGUUUCAGCCGUCCAGAUCAGUUAAAGGACCACUCUCUGCAACACGCAGGGAAACCCCACCACUGUUCUAUGUGUGAGCAAAGCUUUGCCUUGUCUAAACAACUCCUGAAGCAUGAGAAGACUCACACAGGAAAGAGACCUUACAGUUGCUCUGUAUGUGGGAAGAGUUUCAGCGAGAAGGCGUAUCUUGAAGACCACCGGUCAGUGCACACUGGAGAGAAACGACACCCUUGCCCUGAUUGUGACAAGAAGUUUGGAUGUGCUUCGUCCCUGCGUAAACACAGACUGUUGCACAUAGAAGGGAAAUCCCACUCCUGCUCUGUGUGUGGAAAGAGGUUUUCUGAAGCACGUUACUUGAAGGAGCAUUUGCGGACACACACUGGAGAGAAACCUUACUCCUGCUCUGUCUGCGAGAAGAGUUUUGCAAGAUCAGCAGGCCUUAAAGUCCACCACAGAUAUCAUACAGGAGAGAAACCCUACAGCUGUGCUAAAUGUGGCCAGAGCUUCAUUAGUUCUCAAAAACUUCAGAGACACCAGAAAUCUCAUGCUGGUUUACCACCUGUUGAGUUUCAAAACCCUGUAACAAUUGAAGGAGAGAGGGAGGGAGAAGAUGAGGAAGUUGGUGGUCUGAUUCAUUCAGAUGGAUAAGAGGUUGGUUGGGAUCUUCAUUGUCUCGACGAGAGUUUGUAGGGGAGAGCCUCUACAUCAGGAGAACCUAAAGAAACCUAGGGGAAUCUCAAAGCUCAGAGAUACAGUUGCUCUGUGUGUUGGAAAGACUGGCAAUGGUUAUUUGAUCUGAAAAGACGCAUGACAAGUGGCCAGAGAUUUACCACUUCUCAGAGUCUUGGGAGACAGAAGAAGAGACACCACAGCCCACUUCCUGAGGAGGACCAGGCUAACGGGAUCAAGACUGAAGAGCACUCCAAUAGUAUCAUAGAUGAAGAGGAGGAGACAACCUCUUAUGUCAACGGUAGCACGGUGGAAGGGGGGGAAACAAGAACUAGCCCUAAACAUCUUGACGUAAAAGAUAUACAGUGCAGUCGGAAAGUAUUCAGAACCCUUGACUUUUUACACAUUUGGUUUGGUUACUGCCUUAUUUUAAAAUUAAUUAAAUAGUUUUUUCCCCCCUCAUCAACAUUCACACAAUACCCCGUAAUGACAAAGCAAAAACAGGUAUUUUUUUCUGGUAAUUUCAAAUUUACAUACAGUUGAAGUC